UUUGCGAUCGCAGGCGGCAAGGUUCUUCUUCCCGCAACUCACAUGGCGAUUACCAAAUUAUUACCGGUGACAGCGAGAAAGAGAGAGAGAGCGAGAGGAGGAGUGGGCGACGACAGCAACAACACGCCUCCGCUUUAAAGAGCGAGGAAGGUCGAGCGGAGGCGGUGGUGGCGGAGAUGAGCGAAGAGGAUACAGGCAGUCCAUCAGACACGCUGCCCUUUUGAUGCCCACAAUCCAAUCCAAUCCAAUCCGGUUCUAUUAAUUACUCCCUCACACUCCGUCGCCAAUUCCGAGUCGAAAUUGUGUUUGUUGUGUGCUCGAAUCAUGGCGACGGAGUGGGAGGUGUCAAUGGCGGUUUCUUGUUCCACCACCUCUGUUGUUGCCUCUCUUAUUCCGCCGCCGAAUCAAAAUGGCUCUUUUAUGGUCGCCGCCUCCGACGCCGACCAAUUUGCGUCCUUCUGCGGCCAGGAUUUCUUCUCCGCUUCUGUUAACUGUAACAGCAGUUUUUACUCUGCGCCUGAGAAGUCCGCCGUCGCCGGAAGCAGCUUGUUGUCUUCUGUCUUUGAGGGGGCGCAGAGCUCGUUCGAUCUUUCUAUUCCGCAAUGCGAGGACGAGGCGGAGCUCGAGUGGCUGUCUCGGUUCAUGGAGGAAUCUUCUUUCUCCGACGUCGAACCGGCGCCGCCGCCGCCAUCCUGCGUGGGGAAGAAGCCAGAAGUCGGGAAAAGCGCCAGGAGCAAGCGUCCCCGCUGGCCCUCCCUGGCGAUGAAUUCGCUAUCGUCGUCCUCGUCCUCCGUCGAAUUUUCUUCGGACGGCGCCGGGCGGCCGAAGAAGGCCAGCGUGGCGUCCCCGCGGAGCUGCACGCACUGCGAAUCCGAGAGCACGCCACAGUGGCGGACGGGGCCGCUGGGGCCGAAGACGCUGUGCAACGCGUGCGGGGUGAGGUACAAAUCUGGGCGGCUUGUGCCGGAGUACCGGCCGGCGGCGAGCCCCACCUUCGUCCUGACGCAGCACUCUAACUCCCACCGCAAGGUCAUGGAGCUACGGCGCCAGAAGGAGCUCCUCCGCCCGUAGAGCAACCCAGACCCUUCCUCCGCCGCACGGACAGAAAUCCUGUUCGACGACAGUGCCGCCGACCGCUUGCCGAUGCCGAACUUCCGGCGGUAUUUAAACCCGGUCUCGUCAAUUAAUUAAGAAAACGGUUUACGAAAUAAAAUCUUAAUCUUCUCAAUUAAUUUGCCAUUAUGACAAAAAGUUUCCUAUAAAUUGGACUUCCAAUUCGAUCGAUAAGUGUUGUUCACCUAUCAAACGGUGAUGACAAUUUGAAUUAGAAUCAAUAAACAUGGUCGUCGUGGAUUUUAGUUUUGGAAGAUACGUGACAAAUUUAUUAUAAUGGAUAAAUUGUCAAUAUGUGCAGAAAAAAAAAAUCUCUUUCCCUGUUA